AUGGCCCAAGAUGCGCAUGUCUGGGUACUAUUUUGUGGUGUGGCCCCCCCUCGAAGGCACAGACAUCCGCCGUCCGACCGAACCGAGUGGUGGCCGGCGGCGGGUGAAUUUUCUUCUCCUUAUGGGAAUUUAGCUUCACAAUUCUUCAUCUAUUUCACGUCCAGUCGCGGAUGAGUUCACAUCGAUUGCGCGCGCGGUAUCGCGAUUAUUCGAGUAUUCGUCGGGAUCUGUACGACGGGGUUGAUUGAUAAUUUCAAGUGUUAUUCGAAAGUGGAACGGUACAUCGACAUCUACGUGAUGUGCUAUUAAUUGACGAAUCUAGAUGAAGAGAUUCCGGCGUGUGAUAAGCCUUUAUAGCUUUGGGGUGAAAUUGCCGCGCAGUGAUUAAAAUUGCAUAAGAUUACGCCAAGUCAGCGAUAGACGGUGAAAGGAGAACCACGUGGGAUGGUAGAACUGUGACCGGCAGACGUGUUUGGAGAAAUUGUGUUUAUGUUUUGAGUUGCCGGUGGAUUACGCAAGCUAGAGAAGGUUUUCCGCCGCGGUUUAUUAGCUUGUAAAUAGUGAGCACAAAUACGGAAGACUAGUGCAGCGGUCCCGUUGUCUGAUGUUUUGAAGCGGUGUUAAGAUAAACUUCCAAAAGCCUUGUAACGCUUUUGUCUUUAGGUUUGAAUACCUUUGUUUCUUUUUUGUGACGUGAGUAGCUGAAACAGUCUGUUUUAUGAAACUACCGGCAGAACGCGUUACGAAAGUAAUGAAUCUCGAGGAACCGGCGUUCGCGGAUAAUUACAUACAAGACUUCGUGCUGGAACAUCUGGAUGAUACCAACGUUAAGCGGGAAGACAUUAGUCCUACUGCCGGAAAUGCCAAGGCCUGGGCGGCAGCAGGGGAUGAAAAUGGGUUCGUUCCGAUACGGUUGAAAGCCAACGGUACGACAUGGCACGUGGAGGAACGUAAGAUCAGUUCGGUCACUCCCAAUUCGGACUUUUAUCCGCAUCCUCCGACCCACGGGCAGCCGGUUUUGCUGAAUCCUCCGAUUGUGGGCGUUCCAUCUACGCCCCCAGAAACACCUCCUGUGGUUGGAUCACCAAACCAUACCAACUCUGCUCCGUACCCAUAUUACUCCAAUCGCAUUCAACCAGAUCAAAUGGAGAACAUGAUGAUCGUACCGCAAACAAUGCGAAUGGAACAACCCUUGGAUCUCCGACCGUCGCAUCAGUUCUCCAUAUCAGAAGGGGACUGGAUCGAACGCAAAGAAUACAUGCAAGCUCACGCAGGAUAUCCGCACCACCACCAACUAGAUCACCUUAACCCGAUCCAUGGAAGUUCUCACCACCACCUUCAUCUCCACGGACAUUCGAACCGACCGCAUUCCGUUAGUUCAACAGGAUCAACCUCUUCGCCUAGAAAUGGUCCCGGAAGCUGCUACGCACACGGCAGCAGCGACGACCUCAUCAACGACGAUCUACUCAUGACCCUCUCCGUGCGGGAACUCAACAAGCGACUGCACGGUUGUCCGCGCGAUCAGGUAGUCCGGCUCAAGCAGAAACGACGCACACUGAAAAAUCGAGGAUACGCACAAAACUGCCGGUCCAAACGUCUCCAGCAACGUCACGAUCUGGAAAUCACCAAUCGCCAGUUGCAGAGCGAAAUGCACCACAUGAAAAUGGAACUAGCCCUUAUCAAGCAGGAACGCGAUGAACUCAAGAGCAAGCUACGUGACCAUGCGUCACUGGCAGCCGCGGCAGCAGCUCAUCAGCACUCGCAACCGCAACAGGUGCCGCACCAGCAUCCACCGCCGCGCCAUUCGAACGGAACAUCCGGGGUACCUUCCAGUAAGCAGCAGCUUCUCAGCGAUAGCACCAGCUCACCCGAGUACUACGUAUGACGCCAGAUUGGAGGCCAACAACCGUGGAUCGGACGUUACGCUUCCUCCUAAUGCUGCAGUGUAGAGGCACACAUCGAACCCUCGAGAUCUGAAGGUCGUUUAACGGUAAUGCCAUUUUGUUCGACGGUUAUGUAAAUAUAUACAGAUAGAUGCAAAGACUGGUUCUGUGCGGGCGCAUUGUUACUAUUUCCAGAGAGACUUAAGAUUGAGGCAUUCCUCCACGUAGGCAGGCACUCGCCCUUCCGGCGAGGCGCGCGCCGGUACCUAGAUGUGACCGCAGCUCUCUUUAUACGAAGCUUGUAAUUCUAACUCAAGGACUCAAAAUCGUGAAGACACAGUAGGCAAUGAAUUAUGUGAACUUGACAGGUCAAGAUGCCAAAUUUAAGUUGAAGCAAUAAUUUGUUACAAAUAUGUUUCCUAGGCAACAGAGUAUAGACGGUAGAUUUUAUUGAAUAUUACACAAAAUCGUUUUUAUUUACAAAAACAAAAACAUCUUUCAUUUAUCCGUAUCAUUUCUCCUUUGGGCUAGUUAUGUUUUCUUCGUUUAGUGAUGAUCGUUUUUGGAUCAGAAUCAACUCGUUUUUGUCAAUGUAGGAUAUUAAUUUUCCACUUGGAUGCAGUGCGAACGAAUGUAAAAAUCAGAAGACAACGAACAAUGUACGCAAUUGUAGGAUAUAAUUGCUUAUGGCUAAGGUCGUUUUUCAUUUCCAGUUUUUCCACUUCGUCUCGUUCUCGCCUCAUUUAUGAUGACAGUUAUCGUGCCACAAUGACGGACGCGUGCCGUCGCGGGAAACUGUUUUCCGGAAUGAUUGCACAUUUUGAGUGAAAAGGUUUAAGUGUUAUGCUUUGAU